UUAUGUAUUGGCUACAUCCGAAACAUGGGUAUACUGCACGGAGAAUUGAGCACCGUCAUCCAACUCCUGCUAGAAUUAACUUUGUCAUAAAGUGAGCAGUUCUCCCUAUACGUACUUGCAUUACCUUCGCCAAUUAAUCCUCUCAGCCUUCAUUCUCUUGGUUUGGCCUAUUAUAUAUCCUUCAGAACGGCUUCAAAAAUCUGCAUAAAAUGAGCAUGAAGGCAGCGAAGAAUAUGAGGGGUUUCAUGUGCCAAUCUCCAGCUGCUACAGCAGUGUGCAUGGCAAGCGAACCCUUGUCUGUGAUAGUGCGAAGGGGGCCUGAAUCCGAUCGAACCUUGGCUGAACAUGCAAGGCUGAUCGAUAGCACAAAGCACAGUCGCAUGGUGGAGCCUCGUGCUCGUAGCCGUGGAUUGGCUUCAGCUACUCUCAGAUCAGCUAUUGUUCCAUCUUUCGGAGUCGAGAAUCAACCAGAUAAGGCAUCCCGAUCCCAAGUUGUCUCUUCAUUAGCAGAACGGGAUCAGGUUUUCCAGGUGGUUGUCAUGAGAGUCUCCCUGCAUUGCCAAGGCUGCGCUGGUAAAGUGAAGAAACAUUUAUCUAAAAUGGAAGGGGUAACAUCGUUCAGCAUUGAUCUGGAGAGCAAGAGGGUGACUGUGAUGGGACAUGUCUCACCAACGGGAGUGGUUGAGAGCAUAUCAAAGGUGAAAAGAGCAGAGUUAUGGCCAUCGGCUCCUUGUUGAAGUUGAACAGACCCACGAGCGAGAAUCAACUCUGCAUGUAUAUCAAUCACAACGGACGCACGUAGUAGAAUAGAAUAUGCCAAUAUGGUCAUGCUCAAUGCAUAUCGACGAUCAACUGGUCUGCUUCCAAUGAGUCCAGUAAGCAUCCUUGAGAGGUUGAUGUGCGCGUAAUGGUAGUAUUGCUUUCGAUCGAGAGGGAAAUCCUUGUAUCUCGGGUGGGAUGGUCCCCCUUUAACAAUAAUGUAUGAAAAUGAAUGGUGAACGAUUUUUCUACCAUCACGUGACUAGGAACAGAGAGAAGAGUAUUUUAUAGUAAUGAACUUUUUGGGGCCAAAUAAAUUGAAUGCUGGACAGCUUUAUUUAUCUGAAUUAGCAGAUAUUAAUAGCUUGUCCCUUGGAUUUA